AUGCCACUCAUCAACAACAAAGUGGGUGACGAUGGCACUACCAGCUCAAAGAACCUGGAAAAGGGGAAGGCUCUUAUCGACUCACUCAUAAAGGUUGUGGCAUGUUACCACCAGCUGGCCUCAUGUGUGGGUGGGUGCACGGACAACUUGCAUUUGCACGCUGAGCUGCGGCCAAUGCGGGAGAGGGCCCUGAAGUUAGCGGUGGCCAGCCAUCACCACCUCGCAGCAAGGCUACGGGAUAACGCACUGCCCCAGGAGGAAAGACAGGAGAGGAGAUGGCUAUGGGAUAUGGAGCUUCUUUGGGUGGCCUUCACCUCCAGCCUGGAACUCCUCCAUGCAGACAUGUGCAAAGUCUUUACCAUGGGUUCCAACUUCUCCCUGGUCAAUAACAAUGCCUUAGUGAAGACUGGCAUACAACGUAGGGAAGUGUCACUGUCAGAGGGGCAAUUUUUAUAUUGUUUUCCACACAGGGCCGGCUCCAGGCAGAGCGACAUAAGCAGUCGCUUAGGGCCCCUGGCCGCUAGCGAGGCCUCAACUUUUGAGAGUUAG